ACUCUCAUAAGAUCUACUAAAAAGGCUUCUCCUAACCCUUUCCAGCGGACCCAGCCUUCUAGAAUCCGUUCAUCGUUUUCUUUCUUGUCUAUGACCUUUUUCGUGAAUUGUCGUUAAAUGAGUCUGACCGUUCUCUCCUGCCAACCCGAACAUGGCAUCCCCGGCGCCGCCGACAUUUGACUACUCUGACGAUGGGCCGGCCAUAAUUAUCAGCUGUGGCGUGCUCGCCGUACUGGCCACAAUCACUGUAGCGGUGCGGUUCUGGGCGAGGAAACUGUCGAGUUUUGGGUAUGGGAUGGACGACUGGUUGGCCUUGGCCGCGCUGAUCUUUCACCAUGGCGCCUACGGUUCCAGCAUCGGGAUUGUCAAAUACGGCCUGGGAAGAGAUAUCAACUUGCUAAUGGCGACGGAGCCGGGAAUGCUCGUAGGGCUGUACAAGUCAAUGUUCAUAGGAGAGCUAUUCUACGGAUUCAGUGCCAGCCUGGCGAAACUAUCCGUCCUCGCAUUCUACUGGCGUGUGUUCCCGACGCAAAACGUGAAAGUAGGAUGCAUGGUACUCGCCUCGCUGUGUUUUGGCUGGACGAUCAGCAUCCAGAUAGUCAACCUGCUCCAGUGUCGGCCGCUUGAGGCGUUCUGGAACCUGGAACUGCGGGAGCUUCCGGGCACGGUGUGCCUCGACGUCCUCCUGUACUUCAUAGGCAACUCUUCGGCCAACUGCGUCAUCGACUUUCUCACUUUGAUCCUGCCCGUACGCGAGGUGCUCAGGUUGAACAUGACGACUAGGAGGAAGUUUGGGGUUUUGGGUAUCUUUCUACUUAGUGGCAUUGCCUUUGCGGCCAGCAUGACCCGUACGAUAUCCAUCGGUGUAGUAUGGACCCUAGGCGUCACCAACUUUACCAAGCAAUUCAGCACCGGCUGCGCCGCCUCGAACAUCGAGAUCUACGUCGCCAUCAUCGGCGCCUGCCUGCCGACCAUGGUGCCCGUGUACAAGCGGGUGCGCCACGGCAGCUCGUUCAACAGCAAGCUGACGCCCACGUCGAACACGGCCGCCAGCGGCGUCAAGACCAUCGGCAAGAUCGCGAGUAGAAAACCGCCGGACAAGGGGUUCGAGCGGCUCAACGAAGAGGAGCUCAACCCGAGCGAGUACUACAGCAACCACCAGGUCAACGUCAGCAGCUGGGGCGAGCGGCAUGCACAGCGCGAUAGCACGAUGGAUAUUCCGCUGGAAGGAAUCGUGGUCAAGCAGGAUAUGACGGUGUCGGAAACUUUGGCUACUACUAAGCCUUAGCCUGCCUACCUAGCUGCCUACCUAUCUUAUCCUGUCCAGUACGACAUAACUUUAGAAUAUAUUUGUUUCCUGGCGAAAAAAGGGCGGUGUUGAAUUGAAUUGAACUGUGAUACCGAUAUUUCCUGCUUAUCUAGGCCAAUAGCAGGUAGAUAGCUGAACCGCUUGCUUAAAAGAGGUCAUUUUCUCAAUUAAGCCUUUUUUACAACUUACACACCACACCAUUAAACGAGCUGCUAUAUGCAUAUGGCUUGCACCAGAGAAUCCCAAUAAGGAACAUUGGGUGGGUGACCAACACUCCAAUCAAGGGGUCAGGGACGAGUAUCUAUUGUAUGACCCCUUACGAAGGAUG